AAAAAGGGAUAAUAAUAUGUGGAAAUUCUAAAUCCAUGCUCAUAGAGGCAGUCGGGCAGAACGAUGGGCUUGCAGUGUGGUCUGGGUGGGACGACCUUCCGAAGCUUAAAACUUGUUGCUGCCCCUCCGUCUUCUUCUUCUUCUCCUCUCAUCUUCAGACCAUUCUCCAGAUCCCUAUCCCUAUCCCUAUCCCUAUCCCUAGGUUUAUUUUCCAGCCAUCACUCUCCUCGAAGACCCCCGCCAUUUCUCACUAGAGCUGUUUCCGCUUUCGCUGUUCAAGCUACUCCCGUCUCUGUGCCCGAUGACAAUGUGAAGCAUCAAUGGAAGGCUGCAAUAGACUUCAAGUGGAUAAGAGACAACAAGGCCGCUGUAGCUGCCAACAUAAAGAACAGGAACGCCAAUGCCGAUCUGGAGCUCGUGCUACAGCUCUACCAGAAAGUCACCAAUCUUCAGAAGGAAGUGGAACGGAUUCGAGGGGAACGGAAUGUGGUUGCAAACAAGAUGAAAGGAAAAUUGGAACCAUAUGAGCGUCAAAAACUUAUUGAAGAAGGAAAGAAUCUGAAGGAAGGACUUGUUACUUUGGAAGAAGACCUUCUUGAACUUACGGAGGAGCUGCAGCAGGAAGCACAAUGUAUACCAAAUAUGACUCAUCCUGAUGUUCCAAUAGGAGGGGAGGAUUGUUCGACAUUAAAAAAGAUGGUUGGUGGUCCACGUGAGUUUAGCUUCCCCGUCAAGGAUCAUCUGCAACUUGGGAAGGAAUUAGAUCUCUUUGAUUUUGAUGCAGCUGGAGAGGUCAGUGGCUCAAAAUUUUACUAUCUGAAGAAUGAAGCAGUUAUGCUAGAGAUGGCUCUUGUCAACUGGACACUCAUGGAAGUAAUGAAAAGGGGCUUUGUGCCUCUAACUACCCCAGAAAUUGUAAGAUCCUCUGUUGUCGAAAAAUGUGGCUUCCGACCUCGUGGAGCAAAUACCCAGGUUUAUUCUAUAGAGAACAGUGAUCAAUGUCUCAUAGGCACAGCAGAGAUUCCAGUUGGUGGAAUUCACAUGGAUUCUAUUCUUGUUGAAUCAUCAUUACCCUUGAAGUAUGUGGCUUACUCCCAUUGUUUCCGUACCGAGGCAGGAGCUGCAGGCACAGCAACAAGGGGCCUUUAUCGUGUCCACCAGUUCAGCAAAGUGGAGAUGUUCAUAUUAUGCCAACCAGAGGACAGUGAAUUCUACCAUGAAGAACUCAUCCGGAUAGAAGAGGAUCUCUUCUCGUCAUUAGGAUUUCAUUUUAAAAUUUUGGAUAUGUCUUCUGGGGACUUGGGGGCACCUGCGUAUCGAAAAUUUGAUGUAGAGGCAUGGAUGCCAGGUUUAGGGCGAUAUGGUGAGAUAUCAAGUGCGUCAAAUUGUACAGACUAUCAAAGCCGCCGAUUGGGAAUCAGAUACCGUCCAGGAUCAGCAUCAACAAAUUUGAGAAAGGGUAAAGGAGGCAGCCUUGCUCCGACGCAGUUCGUGCACACACUGAAUGCAACAGCCUGUGCAAUCCCCCGGAUGAUUAUAUGUUUGCUGGAGAAUUACCAGCAGGAAGAUGGCUCUGUCAUUAUCCCUGCACCAUUGAGGCCCUUUGUGGGUGGACUUGAGCUUAUAACCCCAAGAUCCAGAUAGAAUGAUGUGAUGAUUUUAUUUUAUUUUUGACUUCAGAAGUGUAUUUGCAGGAUUAGUCAUUAGAGGUCAACACCUUCCCACCAUAGAAUAUUGAUUUGAGAAACUGAAAAAAAUAUGGCUGAUUUUUUGGGCUUGGAGUUUUCUAGGGGCUGGAAUUUAAAUGAGGAUCUGUUGCAAUUCAUUGCGAAUCUUGAUUUGCUUAAAACAAUCCCAUUGUGAAUUCAUGCC